GAGUUACGCCCUAGGUUUAACAAGGGUUUAACAUCUCUCUCCCUCGCUUCUGCAGCAGCCAAUUAAAAGUAUGGGGAAGAAGCGAAAGCACAGUGAAACCAACGCCGUUGAGCCCACAAAGAAGGACGAUAACACUAUCGAAGAGCGACCCAAAAGAACGCUUUUGGGCUGGAAAGAUAAGCCUGAAGUCAAAGAAACCGAUGCCCCAGGUGUCUUUAGAAACAAAGAAAAGGUUUUGGUGACUUGUUCACGCAGAAUCAAUUUCAGAUAUAGGCAUUUGAUGUUAAAUGUGGUGUCACUUUUGCCUCAUUGUAAGAAGGAUAACAAGGUUGAAUCUAAAAGUAGUAAAGGUGCUACUUUGAAUGAGCUUGUUGAGCUUAAGAGCUGUUCUUCCUGCUUGUUUUUUGAGUGCAGGAAACAUAAGGACCUGUAUCUUUGGAUGGCAAAGAGCCCCAAUGGCCCAUCUGUGAAGUUUUUAGUAAAUGCUGUGCACACCAUGGAGGAACUGAAGCUUACUGGAAACCAUCUUAAAGGGUCACGUCCUCUCUUGACUUUCUCAGCCAAUUUUGAUAACAAUGCUCACUGGAAGCUUAUAAAGGAGAUGAUCGUUCAGAUAUUUGGAACUCCAAAGGAACACAGGAAAUCUAAGCCUUAUUAUGAUCAUGUGUUUGCUUUUUCCAUUGUUGAUGAUCACGUAUGGUUCCGGAAUUAUCAGAUAACUGUUCCUCAUAAUGAAUCAGAUAAAGUGGCUCGAGGAGGCCUCGAUAAAAUGACUCUUGUCGAGGUUGGUCCAAGAUUUUGUUUGAAUCCAAUCAAGAUAUUUGGUGGCAGCUUUGGAGGCCCAACACUGUAUGAGAAUCCAUUUUAUGUUUCCCCAAACCAGAUUCGAGCUUUGGAGAAAAGGCAGAAGGCUGGGAAGUAUGCAAAGAAAGUUAAAGCUAAAACUAGGAGAAAGAUGCACCAGCUUGCAAAUCCAUUGGAGCCUGAUGAAUAUGCUGAUAUGUGGAAAGAAUGAAAUUUAUCAUGACCUUUUCAAUGGUGGAUGAAAUCUAUUAUACUUAAAAUCAGCUUGUAUCCAGUAUAAAAUGGAAAAUUUUGUCAAUUUUCUUGCCAUUUUUGACAGAUAAUUUAUCACUCUCAGUUGAUUAUCUUUUUUCAUAUAAGUUUUUACUAUGCUGUUGUUCAUUGUGGCA